AUGGGCUGGGUCUCACGUAUCUUCUCCACUGGAGAAGAGGGAAGCAACAGAAAGCUCAAUGCCUACAACAUAUGGAUGCUGCUCUUUGUCUCCAUCGGCAGCAUGGUAUAUGGCUACACUGCCAGUAUCAUUGGCUCAACUCUGGGCCAACCCACCUUCAUCGCAUACUUCCAGCUCGCGACUCGUCCCAAUGGCACCCAACUCAUUGCAGCUACGAAUGGCCUCUUUCAGGCCGGAGGUGUCAUUGGCACUCUGACACUCCCUCUCUUCACCGAUAGGUGGGGCAGGAAGGCUGGCUUGGGAGUGAGCGCUCUCCUUGCUCUUAUCUCGGGCGCCGCACUGGCGGGAAGUACCCACAUCAUUGUAUUCCUGAUUUUCCGCUUCAUUGCCGGAGCCAGCGCAUUCAUGAUCCUUGCCGCCGUGCCAAUCUGGAUGUCCGAAGUGGUACCUCCUUACUUGCGAGGCGCUCUCGUCAACGUGCACGCCAUCUCACUCGUGUUCGGUUACUUCAUUCAAUCGUGGAUCGGCUUUGGCUUCUACCACUGGAAAGAGGGCGGAAACUGGACCUGGCGUGUCCCGAUUCUUUUCCAGUGUCUCUGGCCGCUGAUGUUGCUUAGUGGACUGUACUGGGUGCCUGAGAGUCCCCGUUGGUUGUGCAUGAAAGACCGCGGCGAGGAAGCGAAGAACAUUCUCUUCCGUCUGCACGACGAUCCAUCAGACCCUUCACACUCCUUUGCUCGAGCAGAGUACGUUCAAAUCCAGAAACAGCUCACACUUGACCGCACGCUCGACGACAGCUGGAUGCACAUCUUCCGCAAACCAUCUCUUCGCAAGCGUCUGUGGUUGACAAUCGGCACUACCGGUUUCAUCCAAUGCUCCGGUGUGCUCGUCAUCAACAACUACGGUCCCACACUGUACAGAAACCUCGGAUUCUCCGAGACCAAGCAAUUGUUGUACCCUGCAGCCUGGCUCACAUUGGCUGUGGGUCUCAAUGCCAUGGCUUCCCUCUUGGUCGAUCACUUCAACCGAGCCAAGUUCCUCGCCAUCGGGGUCUUUGGCUGUAUGGUCACCCUCAUCAUCGAAGCGGCUCUCAUUGCCGAAUUCGUCCCAUCAAACAACUCUGCAGCACUUCAAGCGGCUGUGGCAAUGCUCUUCAUUUUCGAGAUUCCGUAUGACUGGUGUCUCGAUGGACUUCAGUUCACCUACAUCUCCGAAAUCUGGCCCAGUCAUCUCCGUGCCAAAGGCAUGUCUGCGGGUGUGGCCAUGAUUUCGCUCAUGAAUAUCAUGUGGUUGCAGGCAGCUCCAACUGCUUUUGAGACUAUCGGCUGGAAGUUCUACUUGUGCUUCAUCAUUCCUGGAACCAUCGGCAGUGUCAUCAUGUGGUUCUGGUUCCCAGAUACCAAGGGCAAGCCACUCGAAGAAGUUGCUGCCAUCUUUGGAGACGUUGACGAGGUCGCUGUGUAUCAAAGGGAUAUCGAUAUCAGCAUUGACGAUAAGAUGGGAGAGAAGGAAGGUAGUGUUGUGUAUGUUGAAGAGGCCGGCGUUCACAAGGCAUAG